CCGGCCCUUUUUGUCGGCGUUUGUUUUUUUUUCUUGUUAAAUAUGGCGGCGCGGGUGGAUGUGUUAUUGUUGUCGUUUCUCUAGCGGAAAAAGUGAGACACAAAAAAAAACAAAAAAUAUCAAAACAGCCGUCAGUUUGUCACAACGGGUAUGAAACGGGGGGGAGGAGGAGGAUGCUGAGAACCACGGGCUUCUUUCGAGGGAUUGACUGUCCAUUUAUUAACAGCCCCGGGAGUUGCGUUAAUAACAACAACAACAAUGCAAAGAACGGAGGAGAGCUCUGCAGCAGACCUUACUGUCACUUCAGACACAGCAAACCGAGGAGGGCGUCCUGUAAGGAGAGCAAGGCACGGAGCUCGACGCAGCAGGAGCAAGGCUGCGACCCGUACAGCCCUGAAGUCACGAGGCCGGCGGGACAGAAUGGAGAGGAGUCGACCCGGAGCGACUCAGUGGAGCUGGAGCCCAGCAACCUGGAGCUGGAGCUGGUCAACCGGGCCAUUGAGGCUGUCAAGAGCGAGGUGGAGCGGGAGCAGAAGAAACUGUCCUGGCUCGAGGACGUGGCUGAGGUCAAAGGCGACGCCUACAGUUCCCUUGAGUACGACCCCAGUAGCUAUCAGAUCAGUGCGGUCAGGGACUACAACCCCACCCCACACUCCAGCAAGUACACGUUGGACCCCGAUAGUAAGUCUAAAGGCAACUCGCUGGAAUACGUUCCUGCGGUCGUAUCCAAGGCAGCAAUCAAAAAGGCAGCACCCUCAGCAUUGAUUUGUAAUAAAUACACUAUUGACAAAACAAAACCCACAACCGAUCUGGAGUAUGACCCUUUGUCUAACUACUCGGCGAGGCACUUGAAUAAAAAGAAUGCCAAGGACCAGAAAAGAGGCAGGAGGAAUCGAGAAGUGAAAGAAGAGGAAGGCUACGUCCCCACCGCCAAGAAACCCCGUCGCCAAACGGACUUCCAGAAAUAUGAAGUUGGGGCCGACUUUUCUGAAUCGGAUGAUGAAAAUGGGACAGGAUAUCGUCCCAGUCCCAUCAGCCGCCUGCAGCGCGGGAGCUUCUCGGACGACGAAACGGGCGACAGCGGGAAUCGGGAGGGGAAGGAGAGAGCCGCGCAGCACGACCCGGAAGAUACCGAUAGUGCGAAGCUUGGGGAGCAGGAGGGAAAAAGCAGAGAGAAGAAGGAGAGCAGUAAAGCGUCUGACAAAAAGAUGAAAGCGGAGAAAGUCAAGAACGGAGAGAAGGAACCCUCUGGCAAAAAGAACAAGGAGGGUUUAAAGGAGAGGGGAGGGAAGAAGGGGGAGGAAGUGAAGUCGUCCAGUUCUAAAGAGGCGGCCAAGAAGGACAGAAACGAUGGGAAGAAGGAGAACAAAAGCAAAGGCGGAGACAAAGUGAAUGACAAAGACAAAAGCGAAGAGAAGGAAGUUAAACAGGAGAAGGGUCAGGGAGGCAGCAGCGGCAAGAAGGAGAAGCACGCGCCGGAGGGGGCGAGAAAGGAGAAGCCGAAGGUCUCGGACAGCAGCUGUGGAAAGAAGGGCGACGGGACAAGCAAAGCAGCGGGGAGGGGAGACAGGAGCAAGAAGGACCCCUCAGGAUCCAAGGAUCUGAAGAACGGGAAGCAGGGGAGCAAAGAAAAGAAAACAGGGAGCAAAGAAUCGGUAAAGGAAGGGCAAAAGAGCAGCUCAACAAAGGAAGAAGGAAAGAGGCCCCAGAAAAUAAAACUGAAACAGAGGACGCUGAGUCACGUGGAUCUGUUUGGUGACGAGAGCGGUGAUGAAGACCACCCGGGUCAGGCCAGCAGCUCCAGCAAAGGGGAUUCCUUCCAGGGAAAGCGUAAAACCAGCAAGCGGAAAGCCUCUGCGUUCUCCUCUUCAGAGGACGAGAUCGAGGAGGCGGAGGAGGAGGAGGAGGAUGACCGGGAUUACUCCAGCUUGCAGAAUGAACUGGAUUACGAGGAGGACCCAAUGGAAGAGUGCCUGAGGAUAUUUAAUGAAUCAAAUGAUGUGAAAACGGAGGACAAGGGGAGGCAAGCGAAACAGGCACCCAGCGAGCCCCCCGAGAACGGAAGCACAGACGACACUUUAACAACGCUCUUCCCGGGACAGAAGAAGAGAGUUUCCCACUUUGCAUGCAAAGGAGACGUGGAAGCAGCCCCGAAGCAGCCCGUCCGACCCUACAGAAGGGCCACUGCCCAGGAGACCUGCUACAAGCGCAUCCAGAUGGCACAGCAGCAGGCAGUACAGCUGGCUGCGGCAGCAAAAACCGCUGCAACCACCGCGGCAUACGCAGGAGAGAAGAAGAGGAUUGCUCAUCGGCCAACCCUGGCUGCACCAGCUGCGAAAUGUGGCCCAGUGGAAGGAAGGAAGGCUGGCAGCAACGUGGCCUCACCCAGCAGGUCUGGAUCCAGUUCCCUGACUCUCAAAGCUCACACGUCCGCUUCUUUCCCAUCAAAGACCACCAGCACUGCAGUGCAGAGGAGAAUAGCGCACACCCCUACUUUAAAGAACUUUUCUUCUUUAAAGAGGCCCAUCAUUCCGACCGAGUUUGGUGCCAAAGUCCCGACUAAUGUCCGUCAGAGGUAUCUCAAUCUCUUCAUUGACGAGUGCCUCAAGUUUUGCUCAUCCGAAGAGGGUGCUUUUGAGAAGGCCCUGGCAGAAGAGAAGGUGGUGUAUGACAGAAGCAGCAACCGCAAUAUCUACUUGAAUGUGGCCGUGAACACGCUGAAAAAGCUCCGGGGCCAAAGCACUGUCCCCACGUCCCCUACCAACAAGCCUCCCAGUGUGAAUAAGAAGAGUCUCUCCCACGAGGAGCUGCUGGGAGGGAGGCUGGCAGCCAAGACCAGCUUCACACUGAACCUCCUGGGGAAACCACAGGAGGAGGAGCUCACAGGCGCCACACUGUACAGGAAAAUGAGAGAGUACCUCAUGACUGAAGAGCAGCUUCAGGAGCAUGGAUACCCCCGACCAAACCCUGACAGACCAGGGGGAGCGAUCGUCCACACGGCCGCUGAGAAGAAAGUCCUCGAUCCCUUCACCAAAGUGUGUUGCCGCUGUGGGUCCGAGUACACAGUCUCUGCGACUGGGAACUGCGUUCGAAGGGAGGAGUGUACCUUCCACUGGGGGAGACUGCGGAGACAGAGAGCUCCUGAUGGAUGGGAAACUCAGUACAGCUGCUGCUCUGGAGCGGUGGGGUCCACAGGCUGUCAGGUAUCCAAGCAACACGUCCAGGACGCGCGCAAAGAGAAUCUGGACGGGUAUGUGCAGACGUUCGACAAGCCCGCCUCACAAGAGGGGAACCCUGGGGUCUACGCUCUGGACUGUGAGAUGUGCUACACAAAGCAAGGUCUGGAGCUUACCAGGGUCACGGUGAUCAACUCCGAUCUGAAAGUGAUCUACGACACGUUCGUCAAACCUGACAGCAAAGUCGUGGAUUACAACACCAGGUUUUCAGGGGUGACUGAAGAGGAUCUUGAAAAUACCACCAUAACAAUCCGCGAUGUCCAGGCCGUGCUGCUCAGCAUGUUCAGCGCUGACUCCAUCCUGAUUGGACACAGUCUGGAGAGCGACCUGCUUGCACUGAAGCUGAUCCACAGCAGGGUGGUGGACACUGCAAUAGUCUUCCCUCACCGGUUGGGAUUGCCAUACAAGCGAGCCCUUAGAACUGUCAUGGCAGACUACCUCAAGCGCAUCAUUCAGGACAACGUGGAAGGACACGAUUCCAGCGAAGACGCCUCCGCUUGCAUGGAACUCAUGAUCUGGAAAAUCAAAGAAGAUGCUAAAGUUAAGAGAUGACCCUCCUUUACUUUAAAAAGAAAAUAUAAAAAAACUAAAAAAAAAAGACACACACACGCAAGUAAAGGACCUAAUUCAUGUAGGCUAAGCAGGAACUAUAACUGCUGCUGAAGAGGCACUUAAUAAUGGAUCAUGAAGAUGGGCCACCUUGGGACAGGAUGAUACUGCAUCUGUUCUGAAGAGACGGGGCCCACUGAUGAGAACCACCGCUCCACCCAGAGUCUAGCGGCCCGCCAGAGAGCAGGAGAUGAUGUCGUGAGUGGUCAUCCUGAAUGAGGAGGCUGAUCAGAGACAGUAUUAUUAUUAUUAUUAUUAUUAUUAUUAUUAUUAUUAUUAUUAUUAUUAUUUAAAUUCCCAGGAUGAGAUUCCAUGUCUUAUUUCCAUGGGUGUUACAGAAUUGUCCCCAGUUUAGAUGGAUUGAGAAACUAAGCCAGGAAAGCCUAAUGCCCAGAGUUCUAACCUCUUUCAUUCUGCAAUACCGCAGUUUAAUAUCCCAUCCCGCCAUCGUGUCUGCUUGCAUCAGGAAUUCUGUUCCCGGUCCUGUUUUUAAAACGACUGUAAAGUAUUGCUGCACAAGGCAAGGCACGGAAGGUGGAUGCAGAAUGCUUUGUGGAUCAGUGGCUUUUUCUUGAUGUUGCUUGGUUGUGUCAGAAUCAUUCUUUUAAAGGCUUGGACCCAACAUGAGUUGCUGAGGCUGGUUCAGAGCCCUGUCCUAACUCCGGAAAGACCUCCCAUGUUUAAAAAAAAAAAAAAAAAAAAAAAAAAAGGAAGUUUUGAAAUAUUUAUGCAGGCUUGUCCGUUGAAUCUUUUUUCCCCCUAAAAAUGUCAGUUUUCUCAGUUCAGUGAUAUGGUUUGUUCAAGUAGCCUGUAUUUACGCAGGUGUUUUCCUUUGACCUUUUUUUUGUGCGUCUUUGCAGUAAAUGCUUGAUACAGGGUGUCCAAGUCACUCGAGUCCCUCCUUGCAAUGAAAUCUCACCUACUAGAAAUGGGGCGCCUCCGCUGGGCCUGUCCCAGAGCAUGCUGUGGCUGCAGGGAUCCAGGCUGCUGUUACAGUUUCUGGCCAGCCACUCUAUUUCUAAACUAGAGCUGACUUCAGCUUAUCUAAGCGGCAGACAAUUCACUCAACGAUUAUACUCCCACAUUUUUAAACCGCUUUUGUUAUUUCCGUACGUUUUUAGAACUACCUGUUAUUAAAAUGAUCAGGCACCAGCAACAACCCUGCCUGCAUUUAAAGCUGCUCUUAACUGAUUUAAGGUAAAUCAAUUAAAGACUUAAGCUUUCAAUUGGUUGGCUGAAUCAUCCGUUCACAGAAGGCUUAUCGAGAACUUUAUUGCUAGCCCCUGAUCAUUUUAGUAAAACAUCUCAGGUAGUUCUAUAGAACAGAACUGUGGAUUCCACCCCCCCUGGUCACAUGCACACAUAUCCAGAUACUCCGAAUAGUGUCAUGCCUACAGCAUUAUGGGCAUCCAUGCUAGUUUUCCUCAAGAGAUCCUCAGACUUUACACUAGUUACAGAACAGAUAGCAACAGUAAUAAUAUACUUCAUGUUAGCAGUCCAGGGUUUCGCUUGAGCCAUUUUUCUGAUGAUGCACGUAGAAUAAUCGAAGCAACUGAGUGGUUAAAACCAUUUAGACCCUGUUUGAAACGAACCCUGGUCUACAGUAUUGCUGGCCUUUCGAGGGCCUGAGUUUUGAACAACAGGGCAAAAGCAUUGCUGAGCUGACUGGAAGAUCAGAUACAACGUGCAGAGAAAGGAAAUUUGACUGACCUGUGCUGUAGUGUGACUGCAGUUGCUUUUACAGGGAAUCUUGCCUUCAUUUUAGCAAAUGCAUCUCGCCCUGUUUGACGUUGACCGCACAGCACCUGCACUCUUCUAUAAAGGCAAUUAAACAGCAUUCAUUUUAUAUAGCACCAUGGAGGGCUAUACAAUGCAGAUAAUAGCAGUGCUGACAGCAAUAAUUAAAAGUUUUCACUCGGGGCUAACAAGGGGUUAGAUGACUGCUUUAACAGUCUUGCGGUAUCGCUGUAAGCAAAGGCCCUUUUAACCGUUCGUACACAGGCUGAUCCUAGGAAAAUCCAGCCAGCUUGCUAAAAUGGGUAGUGUGCAUUGGAACAUACGACCGUAGAAAUAGAUGCUGUACCAUUUACAACCUUAAGCUGAUUUGCAGUUCAAAUGUAGGCUCCCCCUCCCCAGCUCCUCUGUGCAUGCCAUGCUAUCGCAGGAGGCUGUAGGUCCACUUUUAUAAGUAGAUUCAAAGUCAUUCUGCCCCAGCGUUGCAAUAUGUUACCCGCUUCAGUCUUUGGGGACAAUCAGGUUAAUGUGUUAAUCGGCACUUAAAUGUUCAUUUUAAAUCUGAGCUCUCCUGUCGUGAUUACUCUGUGUGUGUCAUCAGGCUUGUUUAUUAAGACGCUGUUUAAUAAAGACCAGGCUGCUGCAUGAAGCUGGACUGUUUGUGAUCCGCAGUGGCCAGGACUGGGGACCACGAACUUGCUGAAAUCAACACUUUCAUUCUUCUUUUUGUUUUUGCCGUCACUUACGUUAAGUUUAAAACCCACGGGUAGUGCCGAUGUACUCUUACUUUGCAUGGAUAUUGCAAACCCAUUGUGAAUUAGCCUGGGGUAGUUCCCUUUAUGGAUAUCCUCCCUGCCCUCCACACCUCGUCCGAUAAACCGCUUCACAUUUAUCUAGCUAGGUAGACAUGCAAUAACUAGUCAUUUAAAUAAUAUUUAAAAAAGUAGUCCAGAUUAUCUGAAACAACGUUAUGUAAAAAAAAAAAAAAAAAAAAGUAAUGACUCAAGAUGUAAA